ACCAAUGCCUUGCAUACGCACAGUGCUGUGCAGUGUGGCUAAAGACUCCACGCGACAGCCAUUCUUCGAUUAUCUGUGUGUGUCUCUCAUCUAAACGUUGUGUGCGUCUUCUUCCGCGUGGUGUAUCAGCCAUUAUAUUUCAAGUGUAAUAGAUCUUAACGAUUAUUGGAGAUUGUUUCAAAGUGAAAGUUUUACUUUGGAUUUAACAGGUUGGUUGACCAUCGUUUGUUUCAACACACAGAUUCGCUGGGGCGGGAUUUUCUUCGAAAAGAGUUAACGAAUUUUGAAAAUUUCGCUACGUCUGGCCGGCUCGUCUUUCGGGGUAGGUGCUGCUGCUGCUCCUGUCGACAUGGACAAGCGCAAGCUGAUGCCCAAACGGCCGCGGCUGGACGGUGCCGUCAGAACAGGACCACUUAACGGACCCCUUCAUAGCCGACCGUUGGUGGCGCUGCUGGAUGGACGGGAUUGUUCGAUCGAGAUGCCCAUACUCAAAGAUGUAGCUACAGUUGCCUUUUGUGACGCCCAAAGCACUUCCGAAAUUCACGAAAAGGUUUUGAACGAAGCUGUCGGUGCGCUGAUGUGGCACACGAUUACGCUCACCAAGGAAGAUCUGGAAAAGUUCAAGGCGCUGAGGAUCAUUGUUCGCAUUGGCAGUGGUGUUGAUAACAUCGACGUGAAGGCGGCCGGUGAACUGGGAAUCGCUGUUUGCAAUGUGCCCGGCUAUGGUGUGGAAGAAGUGGCCGAUUCGACUCUCUGCCUCAUCCUAAAUCUUUAUCGACGCACCUACUGGUUGGCCAACAUGGUUCGCGAGGGCAAGAAAUUCACCGGGCCCGAACAGGUGCGCGAAGCAGCUCAAGGAUGCGCCAGAAUUCGUGGGGACACACUUGGCAUCGUCGGAUUAGGUCGAAUCGGAUCAGCUGUGGCCUUGCGGGCUAAAGCCUUUGGUUUCAACGUCAUCUUUUAUGAUCCCUAUCUUCCAGACGGCAUCGAACGCUCUUUGGGACUGACACGGGUCUACACCCUACAAGAUUUGCUCUUCCAAUCGGAUUGCGUUUCUCUUCACUGCACAUUGAACGAGCACAACCACCACUUGAUCAAUGAGUACACCAUCAAGCAGAUGAGACCAGGCGCCUUUUUAGUCAACACGGCUCGAGGUGGCCUCGUCGACGAAUCGGCUUUGGCUCAGGCACUAAAAGACGGACGCAUUCGGGCGGCGGCUCUCGAUGUCCACGAGAAUGAACCCUACAACGUGUUCCAAGAAGGUCCUUUGAAAGAAGUUCCCAAUUUGAUUUGCACUCCACAUGCCGCUUUCUACUCGGACGUGGCCUCGACUGAACUCCGGGAAAUGGCAGCGGGGGAAAUCCGCCGGGCCAUCGUUGGCCGCAUCCCCGAUUCUUUGCGCAACUGCGUCAACAAGGAAUAUUUCCUGGGAUCUGGACCCGCAUCGUCUGCUUACGAGUCGUCGGGGGCUCCAGGGGGUGGACCGGGAGGUCUUCCUUCUCUUCCGGCUGGCUUGAAUGGCGGCUAUUAUGGUGCCCUUCCCGGCGUGCCCGUCCAACCGGCUCAUAGCUCGGCUCCUGUUGGCCUCCUAGGCCCUGGUGGACCAAUGAGCAGUUUAGUUGGCGCUCCGGGUGGACCUGGUGGUUUGAAUGAUCGCGAUCGAGAGAGGGGACCCAGCGUUGCUCACGACGCAUCCACUCAUAGAAUGGACUCCGCUUCAUCAGCCAAUUCGGCCCAGGCUCUUCAGCAUCCGGAUCGGAUCAAAUCUCCGCCUUCAUGAAAGGUUCCCCUUGUUCCCUUGAUCCCUCCGCUACUACUCAAUGGACGCCAAGUACAAAAUGAAAGAGACUCUGAGGAGAUCCUGUGAAUUACUAUGUUGCGGCCGUCAAAAACCUAAAAACAAGUUUAAACAAAAAAUGUGUCAGAGGGAAAUUUGUCAUCGUCUUUUUUUCGGGGAAAAACAUUCGGCCCCCUUCUGUGCGCUCUAGACGAUGACGAGUGUCCUGUGACGUUUCGUCUCCGCCAUUGACAAAUAUUCUUCCAUUGGGAUACUUAGUGCAACUGUUUUCUUCGCCGCAAUCCAUCAUGUAGCCUCCCGAAAGUGACGAUGUCCACCACAUCACGGCCAUCUUAAGUGUAUCGACCAUUGUGUUGUUUUUUUUUUUUCUUAAUUUUUUUGCCGAUCAACUUUGUCACACACAGACAACACCGUAUCUUAAACUGUGUAAAAUUUAACACGUUUUUUCUCACCCGUUCGCAUCGUGUGUUUUUUUUUUUGCCAUCCUUUUUCCUUCCCGCCCUCUCUCCCGUGUUAAAGUGACCACGCGGAUGUCCUAGGUUAUAAUAUGGGUACUGCGUCUCCGUCUGGCUAUUAUACUCCUUCAAUCAGGAUUUACACGGACUACAAAGAAACGAAAUACAUGAAACGUUUGUACAUGGCUUGCCUCUUA